AUGAAAUCACUAAUAAUUAGAUUAAUUAUCACAGUAUCAACUCCAAUUAUUGUUGGAGUAGCACUUGUUUUGUUGAUUUUUUACAAAAGUUUAUGGAAUGCUCUCUAUUAAUGGGAAGAUGAAAGCUUAAAGUGGAUAAAUUAAACUUAAUAAUAGAUUUUGCAUAAUUCUGCAUAUCCUCAAUAUCUAAUAGAGACCUACAGCUUCAAUUAACUACAGCUGCAUUUAGUAGUUAUCAACAGUAUCAUUUAAAAAUAUUAUGGAUCUGAGUUAAAAAUAAAUCCAAAAGCAAACUUUCUUAAAUGCUCCAAUAGAGAAUUUACAUUUAAUUAAUGUACUUAAGAUGUUUACACAAAGCUCAACUAAAGUAUCUAUUAUGUAGAUUUAUACUUUGUCAGAGAAAGAUUUAGCUUUAAUAAACUCACUAUUUAAUAAUAAGAAUUUAUAGCCAUGAACGAGUUUAUUUCAUAUUAUGGAAGAGCUGCUAUAUUAGCUUCUAUUUCUGAAGAACUUUUGAAAAUAUAGACUCUCUAUAACGCGGAUACUACAUCACUAAUGACUCACUAGCCAUCUAGGAAUUUAAAUUUUACUGCUUCAACCUAUCAGACUUGCUUAGGAACUGACUUUAUCGAACCCUACGAUCCAAGAUGCAGAUAAUGGUACUAGUAUGCUAAAUAGCAAGAAGGGUAUUUUUUUUAUGAGCCUUACUUGGAUGCUAUAAAUGGAAUUUUAGAAAUGACUCUUUCCUCAAGAAUUGAUUACAAUUCAGAAUUUAUGUCAGUCAACAGUAUAGAUUAUGAAAUGAAUUCUAUCACUGAUAUAUUUAAAACUUCUCAAAGCUAAAAUGCAUACUCAGUCCUUUUUCAUGAAUUCAACAAUACAAUAUUUUAUCAUCCUUUACUUAAUGCUUCAGAUAUAGUAUCAUGGGGAGACUUGGAAUUUAAGAAUUUAACUGAUAAUUGCAAAGAGGUUUAAGAUUUAGAAGAUUGUAAGAUAGAAAAAUAGAAGUUUUUUUAACAAUUAAAUAGUACAGUCAAUUUUAUACAAGCAUCAAAUUAUUCUAUUGAGUAGCAGAUUAAUACAGAUGGUUUAUAUCAAUAUUGGUCAAGAUAUGGAGUUGAUUUGAGUUAAAUUACUAAAUAUCCUACAUAAUAACCUUAUUCAUUCUCUAUCAUUCUUACUGCUAGAGUAUUAGUUGAUCAAAGUAAUUCAUUGAAGCUAUUUAAUCUUUUAAAUGCAAAUUCAAUUAAGAUUCCUCUUUUAAUUGAAUUUAUUGUAUUGAGUGGAUUAAUUGUUGCUUUUAUAGUAAACUAUGGGAAUUUUUAAAUUUACUAAAUUUAAUACCCAAUUGAGUUACUGACCAUAUUUUUGAAAAAAAGUUUAAUAGAAUAACAAUAAUUCUAAAAUCAAAGUGAAAAAGAAAAAUCUAAUAACUAAAUUAUUAAAUAUUUAAAUACAAUUAAUUCACCUAAUAGAAGCCAAAGCAAAAGUAAUAUCAUUUAACACAAAAGUAAAAUAGCACUUUAAGAUUAAUCUAUUUUAAAUAUUAGCAGCUAAAAUAAAAUAAAAUAGCGUUUUACUUUUUAGGCUUAUGAUAAGUCAACAAUAUAAUAAGAUUAAAUUAACUUAAAGGAAAAAACGACUUAAAAUUAAGAUGAGAUCCUAGAAACUUCAAAUAGACUAUUCUAAAGUUAAUUUAAACGAGAAUUUUUAAAUGAGAGUAAAAUGAUGACAAAAUAAACUAAUUAUAUUAACCAUAAUAAUAAUAAUAAUAAUAAUAAUAAUAAUAAUAAACAAAACAAUAAUAUAGAUAGAAUUUCCAUAGAUAAUUCUUCCGAUAGAUCUUAAAAUAGAUUAAUCAACUAUAACUAUUCUGUAACAGACUUUAAUCUUAUCAAACGAUCAACAAAUAUGACUAGAGUAACGAAUGAUUUCGAUUUCAUAUCUAAGAUAGAAUAAAUCGAAGAAAAUGAAAAAGGAUAAUCUAAAAUCCUUUCUGGAUUAAAACCUCUUUUCCUUGAAAUGAAAAUUAUCAAAAAAGCAUUUUAAAUGCUGGAAGGUGUAAUCAACUACUAGAUUCAAGCAUAUUCUAAUGAUUAAUAGGAUGUAAUGUAAACUCUUUUCCAUUUUUCUAAGGCUAAAAGUACAUUUUAAAAUCUUCAAAAUUAAACAGGAGUAAGUCGAUGCUACUUUAAUUUGGGCAUCGUUUAUCUUUUGAAAAAUGAAUAUGAAUAAUCAUGUGAGUAUUUUGAGGCAUCAAUCAUGCAAAGCCUAUAAUUCAUAGGAUUAGAAUCUUUAGAUUAGAUUAACGAAAAUAUGUUCAUAAAUAUUGAUAAUGAUUAAAAAGAUUAGCUAUUUAUAUUUUAUAAGAAAUAUAUUGAAUAAUUAAUAACAAAAAAUAUAAUUAUCGAAUUACUAAAAGCUAAAUAAAAGUUUUUAUCAGGUAUUAUUUAAAAAUAAAAUAAUAACUAUAAAUAGGCUAUUGAGUACUUCACUUAAAGUUUAGAAAACGGAACCUAUUUUAAUCCUUAGUUGAGAUAAUAAGUUAUUGUAAACUUAAAAUACUUAUUUAAUAAGCUUUGCAUUUAGCAAAACGUUAUAGAUGAGCAAUUUGAUGAAUUUGAUUGCGAUACUCCUAUAGAUUUUGUAUAUGUAAUUUAAUUAGACUCAAUAUCUUCUACUAUAAUAGCUGAGUCUUGCCUCGAAAAUAUUAAAAAAUCUAACUUUUUUAAAACAAAUGAUAGAAUUUAAAUUAUCAUCUUUAAUUAAGAGCUUGAUGUCUUAUUGCCUUACACAAAGAUAAUUAAUGAUCAUAAUUGGUAAUUAAUGAUAGGUUCGAUAAAGAAAAUUGGACUUAAUACAAUUUAAAAUUAAUAGUCUGACUUAAAAUAAUUAGAUUGGAUCUAAGGAAUAAACAAAGCUUUAGAUCAUAUUUAUGAAUUGAAGGAAUUAGAUUUAGUUAAACUAAAUUAAAUUUAUAAAUUAAAUAAAAAACCAAUCGUCCUUCACUUAAAAGACUACCAAUCAAUUAUUGAUAAUAAUUAAUAACCAUAACAAUAAUCUAAUUUUAUAGAAUAUGAGGAAUUUUAUGAAGAAAACAAAUUAAUCACAAAAUUAAAUAAGCUUAGAGACUAAGAAAUUUUCAAUCCAGAAUAUGAGUUUAUGGCCAUCUUAAAUAAUUAUUGA